GCGCGCGCCGCCCUCGCCGCUCUAUCCCGCAAGUGGCGGUGUGGCUAGGUAUCCCAGAGUUCCGCGCGGCGCCGCUCCUUCCGCCCCGGCCGCCAUUGGAAAGCUGCAGCCAUGGCCCUGCGCUACCCCAUGGCCGUGGGCCUCAACAAAGGCCACAAGGUGACCAAGAACGUGAGCAAGCCGAGGCACAGCCGCCGGCGCGGGCGCCUCACCAAGCACACCAAGUUCGUGCGGGACAUGAUCCGGGAGGUGUGCGGCUUCGCCCCCUACGAGCGCCGCGCCAUGGAGCUGCUCAAGGUCUCCAAGGACAAGCGGGCGCUCAAGUUCAUCAAGAAGAGGGUGGGCACCCACAUCCGCGCCAAGAGGAAGCGCGAGGAGCUGAGCAGCGUGCUGGCCGCCAUGCGGAAGGCGGCCGCCAAGAAGGACUGAGCCCCCCCCACCCCCCGCGCCCCCCAAUAAACGAGGCCCGCGGA